AUGCUCCGCUCGCCUCUCGCGCUGGCGGCACUAUUUGCUGCGUCCGCAGUGUCGUCUCCUCUCUCAUCAACAGCCCGAAGACAAGGCAUACCCGCCGAACAAUGCCAGGGCAUAUCGGGGCCAUUCCUGAGCCCUUCUUUCCCAGACCCAUCUAUCCUCUAUAUCGAAAGCUCAUGGUACACCUUCGGCACGUCCGAUGGAAAAGAUGUCCAAGGCGCAAAAUCCACAGAGUUCGAGAGCGGAUGGACCAAACUCGAUGGCCCAAUCCUGGCCAUCGAUGAGUCGACAUGGGCAGGACCACAGCAAACCGGAUCGUACGGCUUAUGGGCACCGGAUGUAUUCCAGCGAAGCUCCGACAGCAAGUUUGUGAUGUACUUUGCGGCGCUCGACAAAGAGACCAUCAGCACGGACAGUGCCCAGCACUGCAUUGGAGCCGCCAUUAGCGACGAGAUCGCGGGUGUGUACCACCCGGUGAACGACUUCGUUCAGUGUAACAGCACUGCAUCGGGCGUUAUUGACCCGGCGUGGUUCAAAGACACCGACGGCAAGCAGUACGUCGUGUACAAGACGGAGUUGCCGGACCGGCUGGAGAUCCGGGAGGUGAGCAACAUUGGCCCCAAGGAAGGUGUCCAGUGGGUUGGCAACGCGCAAAAGCUGCUCAAGGUAAACGGCCAAGGCAUCGACGACGGAAAUGUACUCGAGGCCCCGUAUAUCUUCAAGCGCGGCGACACCUACUUCCUGACUUACAGCACCCACUACACCGGCAGCAGUGACUAUGAUGUCCAAUACGCGACGGCCAAGAGCGUAACGGGCCCCUAUACGCGCGUCAAGAACCCGCUGUUGAAGACCACAGAUGAAUUCGGCUGCAAGCUCAUCGGCCCUGGCGGUGCAAGCUUCCAGCGAGAUCCUCAGGGCAGCCAGGAUACUGUCCGCGUGAUCUUUCACGGCCUGACGGAUGAAUUGAAUAUCAACAAACGUGUGGCGUACUCGGCGACGGUGAAGGUUGAUGGCGACAAGCUCUCUAUCGAUUCGGCGUAA